CGCUCUAAAGCCCUUUAAACUCUCUCUCUUCUCACUGACUCUCUACCCGUUACCACCAGAAAUGGCGGCGUCAAUUGCAGCUCGCAUCUCCAGAAAGGCCGCGGCCUCGGCGUUCUCCUCUAACCGCCACGUAAUCUCUUCCCGUGGUUUCGCCACGGAGGCGGCCAAAACGAUCUCGCCGUCCUCGGAUCUAGUGAAGUGGGACUACAGGGGCCAAAGAAAGAUAAUCCCUCUCGGGCAGUGGGUCCCGAAAGUAGCUGUCGACGCUUACGUGGCACCUAACGUUGUCUUGGCCGGUCAAGUAACCGUCAUCGAUCGAGCCUCGGUUUGGAACGGCUCCGUCCUACGUGGCGAUCUCAACAAGAUCACCGUUGGAUUCUUAUCUAAUGUCCAGGAACGCUGCGUCAUUCACGCCGCUUGGUCCUCACCUACCGGACUUCCGGCUGAGACAUCAAUUGAUAGGUAUGUGACAAUUGGUGCAUACUGUCUCUUGAGAUCAUGCACAAUUGAACCAGAGUGCAUUAUCGGACAGCAUUCUAUUCUUAUGGAAGGUUCCUUGGUGGAGACUCACUCUAUCCUUGAAGCCGGCUCUGUAGUUCCUCCAGGUAGGAUAAUCCCAACUGGUGAGCUUUGGGGAGGAAAUCCAGCUAGGUUCAUCCGGGCUGUGACCCAUGAAGAAACCUUAGAAAUCUCUAAACUAGCCGUAGCAAUUAAUGAUCUGAGCGGAGAACAUUCCUCAGAGUUCCUUCCGUACUCAACAGUAUAUUUGGAAGUUGAAAAGUUCAAGAAGUCCCUGGGAAUUACUAUCUGAUUGCCUUUUGUUUUCAUUUUUCCGACUAUCAGUUUACAGGAGUUUUCCUUGCAAGGAAAUAAGCAGCCGAAGAACACAUAGAAGAAGCCUUUCCGUUUUUUAUCCUUGUAUUUGAUCAUGUUGGCUGUUGAUAAAAAACCAAACUUAUUGUAAGUUCCAAUGAAAUGGAAUAUAGUUUGCUGGUUUCAACUGAA